AAAUGGGUCACUUGCUCAUGUUAGUUGUCUGUUGGUUUGGAUAAGGUUAGUGUUCUGAGCUGCAAAUAUUACUGGCUCUCCAUUUCUUCUUCAAAUCAAGUGAAAAAUAUAUAAUAACUUAGGAAUCAAUGGGCAAACAUAGCUUACAAGCUCUAUGAAAAUGGCAGCCAAACUGGCUUUCUCUUCUUGCCUCAGCACUCAAAUACCUUUCCUGCCCAAUUUAUCACCAUUAUCUCCUGUAUCUUACACUCUUAGUUCGUCAAAGAAAAGGACUCAUCAUUUCAAAAUCCAUGCCAUUGGUGGAGGAGAUGGAGAACUUAAGCCAAAAGGGAAGAAGAAAUUCAUAACCAGAGAAGAAGAACCUGAACAAUAUUGGCAAACAGCAGGAGAAAGGGAAGGAGAGAAUCCUAUGAAGACACCUCUUCCUUAUAUUAUCAUAUUUGGCAUGUCAACUCCAUUUGUUAUCUUAGCCAUUGCUUUUGCUAAUGGUUGGAUUAAGGUACCGGUGCGAUGAUUUUGUUUAUAAAUGUAGCAAUAAAAUAGCAGCUAAAAUGACAAUCUUGGAUUGAUUUAUUUUAUUCAGUCAUUUCAGUUUUUAGAUAGAUACGCAUUAUUUGUACAUUAGUUAGGGAUGCUCAUCUUGUGCAUUCCUGAAGCAAGCAAACUACAUUCUGAGUUUUUUUUUUUUUCCCUGUAAUAAGUGACUAGUUCUGCUAAUAUAAGCAGCUCAUAUCUGCAAUUUGUGUUUACCA